AUGGCCGUGAUUGUGACUCAAGUGAAGGACGGCCUCGAUGGCACGAGCAUCCUCUGCAACGACGAAUUCUGCUACCAGAUUCUUGAUUCCCUCUUGCGACUCAAUAAGGAGGACAAGGAUGGUGGAAUGGAGGGAGAGACCGAACGGAGGGCUGACGAGGGUGAGGGUUUUGCUGACGUGGCGGAUAAAUUUGGCAAGGAAUGUGGUAAUGGGGGGAGGGACGAAGCAGGGGAGGACGGUGCAGGGAGGGAUGAGGAGGGCCAAGGAGAGAAAAGACGUGUAGCAGCUGGAGGGAGGGGUGGUGGAGAGGUUAGGGGCACGCACCUGUUCCCCAUAGGAUUCCCAGCCACGCCUUCCACCUCUCCCCACCACCACCCGCCUCGCCCUCUGGAGCGCCCUUCCGCACUCACCUCUUCCCCAUCGGAUCCCCAGCCACGCCUUCCGCCUCGCCCCAAGACCACCCCCCUCGCCCUCUGCAUACACCUCUUCCCCAACGGAUCCGCUGCCCCUCCUGCCGCCUCUCCCCACCACCCCUCUCGCCCUGUGGAACGCCCAUCCGCCCUGUCUCUCUGCCUGCACGCCGCAGCUCCCCCCGCGCUCCUUAAUUUCCAACUUCUUUCUCUACCCCCCUCCCCCUCCCCCUCCCCAUCCCUAUCCCUAUCCCAGGCACUCACCUCUUCCCCAUGGGAUCCCCUGCCGCACCUUCCGCCUCUCCCCACCACCACCCGCCACAACAUCCCUCUCGCCCUCUGGAGCGCCCUUCCGCCUUGGCUCUCUGCCUGCACGCCGCAGCUCCCCCCGCGCUCCUUAAUUUCCAACUUCUUUCUCUACCCCCCUCCCCCUCCCCCUCCCCAUCCCCAUCCCAGGCACUCACCUCUUCCCCAUGGGAUCCCCUGCCGCACCUUCCGCCUCUCCCCACCACCACCCGCCACAACAUCCCUCUCGCCCUCUGGAGCGCCCUUCCGCCUUGGCUCUCUGCCUGCACGCCGCUGCUCUCCCCUCGCUGCCCUUCUUCUCGCCCUUCAUCGCCCCGCCUCCUCCUCUGGAGAACGCGGAAGUGGCAAUGCACCGCAGAGUGAUGCAGCCCUGGCUCUCUGCCUGCACGCUGCUGCUCUCCCCCGCGCUGCCCUUCUUCUCGCCUUUCAUCGCGCCGCCUCCGCCACUGGAGAAUGCACAAGUGGCGAUGCACCGCAGAGUGAUGCAGAAGUGGCAAUGCAUCGAAAAGUGAUGCAGGUGAGUGAGACACCUCCCUUCUCUCGACCACUUGCCUCCUCACCACCCGCCGCCUCCUCUAGAGAAUGCGGAAGUGGCGAUGCACAGGUGGAGAGUGAUGCAUGCAAGGCGUGCUACAGCAUCCACCGCUUCCCAGAGGCCAUAACGGACCGGCAGCGAGCUGUGGCCCUCUUGGCAGCCUCUGCUGCUCAUUUCAACCCUAGCAGCAGUGGGAACGGCUACCACCCGUCCGACCUGCCUCGGGCGCUGCUCGCCCUGCAGGAGCAGUCGCAGCAGCUACCACCCCUCCGAACCACCAGGGGUGCUGCUCGCCGUGAUAAUCCCCUCUCAUCCUUCCCCGUCACUCCCCUGUUCUCCCUCUCUCAGGGCAAAGGCCCUGCAUGUGGCAUGGAGGGUGCAGUGCUGCAGAAUACAAAGGCCCAAGGAGCACCAAUCGCUUUCAUGCUGAUUUUUGCCCAUCCAACUCCUUCCCAUGCUAUCCCAUCCCUUCAGUCCCUCUCCCAGGGCCAGGCUCUACAUGGAGCAGGCAGGGUGCAGGAAGCAGUGUGCAUUGGGGGAGACACGGAGCAAGCGCGUGUCUGCAUAUUCUGGCCCAUUCAUCACCACUCUCCCAUGCUUGGCUGCUUGACUCUCCCUCACUCCCUCUCCCAGGGCCAAGCCCUACACGCAGCAGGCAGGGUGCAGGAAGCAGUGGAAGCAGUGGAAGCAGGGGUGCAGGAAGCAGUGGAAGCCAACGAACGCGCCACCGCCCUCCUCUCAUCUCAGAACCUCACCAGCCCUGCCACGUCAGCGCCCAGCUCCUCCGCUGACACGUCAACAGCAGCCGCGUCAGCAGAGGACACGUCAGCAGCUGCCAGCUCAGCGGAGUGGGUGAUGACAACUUCAGCGGCGUGGGCGCUGGUGGGGCUGUCGUACCAUUGGCUGCCGGAUGCUGACAAGGCUGAGAGGGCGUUCCGAUUGGCUGUUGAGGCGGACCCACGGUGA